AUGUCGAAAAGAGUGACAAGCUCGACAAACCCGCAAGUCUCUCUCCCCCUUUCCGCUAAUCUUCCCUCUAACACACGCCAGAAGAAGCAGCUCAUCCUCCGCGCCAAGGCUGCUACGGAAAACGGCUUCGAGACCAUCGGGUACUUCGCUGCUGGUGUCGCUGCGGCCAACCACGCGGGUGUGCGCGCUCCCGCCCUCAACGCCCUGAGCUUCGGCUACGUCGCCUGCCGCGCGGUGUACAACGUCGCCUACGUCUGGCUUCAGGCGGACCGUCGGCUGUGCUGGGUGCGCAGUGUGGUGUGGACCGUGGGUAUCGGGCUCAUCACGACGUUCAACUGA